UCUUGUUUGAACGAUUAUUUUUUUUUGCCAGGGCUCUUUAGCGUGCGAGUUUCACUGAUGUGCGGAAAUAUUCCCGCGCUUUGUAUUAAAAUUCAUCAUCCGGCAUUUGUACAGGAGGAAUAACUCAAAAUGGGUUGUCUCUUGGGCGGAACUUUUUCAACAACUGCUGCAUGAUCAUCCAGCAACACACGAAAAUUCACCACGAUCUGCGGAAAAUCAUUUGAAUGGGAACUUCCGGUGCUAUGUGGACAUUGUUGCUGGUUGUUAUCAAUUCUCCAUGGAGCAUGCAGAGAUUGGGGGAAUUCGUCACACUGCUGCUGACGUCCAGAGAUCUCUCUACAUUCAACAGAUGAUCUCAAACCCUUCAAGACGUCUCUGUGGUGCCUCUUUGAUGCCAAGAUGAUGCGCAACACAACGGAAAGCUCCCAAGAAUCCACUUUUUUUCUCACCAACCUUGACUGAAAGCCACCAAAUUGGAUCCGAUAAGCAUUUUUCCAGUCAACCUGGUAUAUUUUUUUUAAUUGUUGUAGAUAGCGCAAAAAAAUAAGCGAGACACAAAUAUUCACAUAAAAAACGAAAAGUAAUUGUUACGCAACUUUGUGCUUAACACAACAUUAAUUCUUUCUUUUUUUUCUCACUAAUUCCCACCAGAAGUGGGGAUGAAUUUAUGGAUCUUCUGGACACACAAGACAGAGGAAGAAGAUAAAAAUUUUGGGCAACACUGAAAGUGAUUCACGAAGCCACUGAACGCGAAAUCCUUCCACGCGCCACCAGCCACAUCAUCUUAUUUACUCGGUGCACAAAUAAAAGCACAUUAUGUGGGAAUUAUUUUCUUGUGGGGAGCACAAACUGGAGCACUUUGUCUCGUCGCGGUGAUCUUGGUGCAAUUUGGAGUCACAACACACCGCGCGGCAGUGAGAGUGAAGAGAAAAGAGCCAUCAAAAUCGCCUAUUGUUGGAACCGUUGGAACAUUUUAUUUCAUUUUAUUGCCUAGAUUGGAAGGUUGGUGUGCAUGCAAGAUUGUCGCUGCCAUUUUCUCGUUCACUUUCCUCGAGUCUCUACGCCGGACAACAUUGAAAGUUUGUUCUAUCGCGCUUGAGCUGAAAUUGUAACUCGGUAACAAGAUGGGUAAAGAGAAGAUUCAUAUUAACAUCGUCGUGAUUGGUCACGUCGACUCUGGCAAGUCUACCACCACUGGACAUCUCAUCUACAAAUGCGGUGGCAUUGAUAAGCGUACGAUUGAGAAGUUCGAGAAGGAGGCCCAGGAAAUGGGCAAGGGUUCUUUCAAAUAUGCCUGGGUGUUGGAUAAACUGAAGGCCGAACGUGAGCGUGGUAUCACCAUUGAUAUUGCCUUGUGGAAGUUUGAGACCUCCAAGUACUACGUCACCAUUAUCGAUGCCCCCGGACAUCGUGAUUUCAUCAAGAACAUGAUCACGGGAACAUCCCAGGCUGAUUGUGCCGUGUUGAUUGUUGCCGCUGGUACGGGUGAAUUCGAAGCUGGUAUCUCCAAGAAUGGACAAACACGUGAGCAUGCCCUCCUUGCUUUCACACUUGGUGUGAAGCAAUUGAUUGUUGGUGUGAACAAGAUGGACUCCACUGAGCCACCAUUCAGUGAGAAUCGCUUUGAGGAAAUCAAGAAGGAGGUGUCGUCGUACAUCAAGAAGAUCGGCUACAAUCCCGCUGCUGUGGCCUUCGUGCCCAUCUCUGGGUGGCAUGGUGAUAACAUGCUCGAGGCUUCCACCAAUAUGCCGUGGUUCAAGGGGUGGGCCGUUGAGCGCAAGGAAGGCAAGGCUGACGGUAAGACCCUCAUUGAUGCCCUCGAUGCCAUCCUCCCACCAGCUCGUCCCACCGACAAGCCCCUCAGGCUGCCACUUCAGGAUGUCUACAAGAUUGGUGGUAUUGGUACAGUACCCGUUGGUCGUGUGGAGACUGGUGUGCUGAAACCCGGUACCGUUGUCACCUUUGCCCCAGCCAAUCUCACCACUGAAGUUAAAUCCGUGGAAAUGCACCACGAAGCUCUGCAGGAGGCCGUUCCCGGGGACAAUGUUGGUUUCAACGUGAAGAACGUUUCGGUGAAGGAACUCCGUCGUGGCUAUGUUGCUGGUGAUUCCAAGAAUAAUCCACCAAAGGGUGCUGCUGAUUUCACCGCUCAGGUCAUCGUGCUCAACCAUCCUGGGCAGAUUGCCAAUGGCUACACGCCCGUGCUUGAUUGCCACACGGCGCACAUUGCCUGCAAAUUCGCUGAGAUUAAGGAGAAGGUGGACCGUCGUUCCGGCAAGACCACCGAAGAGAAUCCCAAGGCCAUCAAGAGCGGUGAUGCGGCCAUUGUGAACCUCGUGCCCUCUAAGCCACUCUGUGUGGAAUCCUUCCAGGAAUUCCCCCCACUCGGACGUUUUGCCGUGCGUGACAUGAGGCAGACAGUCGCCGUGGGUGUCAUCAAGGCUGUCAACUUCAAGGAGGCUUCCGGCGGCAAGGUCACCAAGGCUGCUGAGAAGGCCGCCAAGACCAAGAAGUAGCUAGCCAGCGGGUCUGAGACGCAGCAACAAAUGAUGAAUAAACAACAAGAAGAAGAAGAUAACACCAACUAUUGCAACAACAACUACCAACAAAUAGCCACAAAACAUCCAGGAGCCCUCGUCACAACUGCUUUCAUGUGCCGUUCUACGGCUGUGGAGGCACUGUGUCGGGGUCCCCGUGUGCCCCAAAUGACUCCAUGGUGGCUCCGACUCAAGCACCAUACUUUCCAUCGCAAAGAGUUCCGGCGAAAAGAAAACGGGCUUCUUUCAUUCCUUUUUUCAAUUUAACAAAACAAACAAAAAAACGAAAUAGAGCAGAAUAUAAUGAAGAAAAAAAACACAGCAUCUUAUAUAUAUUUUAUAUAAUUAUUUUUUUAAUUCACACAUCUUGAAAUGGUUUAAUUACCUAAUAUUUUUCCCUCUGCCCUUGAAUUCAUAUUUUUUUCUUUCGUCCCACUAUUGUAGCUUGAUUUAAUAAUAAUUCAUUUAAUUUUGGAGUUUAAAGGAAAAAUAUUUAUCUAAAAAAAAAUUAUGAAUAUCUUGUGAAAAAAUAUUUAAUAAAAAAAAAAGAAUAUUUGGACUGGAAAGGCAGAAAAAAUUCUCGAUUUUUUUUGUAAGAGGUGUUGAUUGACAUAAUUGAUAUAAAACUAAAAAGAAAAGAUUAUGAGAAAUAAACAAAUUGGAGGCGCCCGCAAA